AUGGAGUCCAAUCUAUCCCCCCCAAAUGCUGAUUGGUCUUCAACGAUCGUAUGUACAGACGAAUUGCGUCGGGAGCUGGGAAGAACAACAAGAGCCAAGAAGCGCCAGAAAAAGGUUAUCCUCAAUUCUUACUCACAUCCACAAUCGAGCGUCAAGCAGCGAAUGCAUACCCAGUACCAAUAUCGCGGAGACGGCUCUAUCUCAUAUACCCUGCAGUACGUUCAACCUCCCAAAAACGCACAGCCGACCAUGCACUGUCAACUGCCCAAGCCUAUCCAGCCUGCGCUAGCCAUGGUGCUAGAUGAUUUUGGUGAAUUUUCGGCUGAUAUGUCAUGCGGCGCUGACAAUGAUGCUCACUCUGAGAGGAAACGGGAUCGUUCACUGUUCCUCCAGGAGAUGCUACGACUCGAAGGCCGAGGAGAACUUAGUGCAGGGCCGUGUUCUGGUUGUGGUAACCCACAUCCGGAAUAUCGUUGUCAAGAUUGCUUUGGGAUCACUCUGUGUUGUGCCUCCUGCACGGUGACGGCCCACAUGCACCACCCGCUGCAUCGGCUGCAGAAAUGGAACGGAGAAUAUUUUGAGCCAGCGAGCCUGAAGAGCCUCAGUCUCCGGAUCCAGCUUGGACACGUGGCCGGUCAGACUUGUUCCAAUCCUCGCCGCGCAUUCGGUGAUGACUUUGUCAUCAUGGAUUCUCAUGGCGUUCACGAAGUAGCUUUGGAUUUUUGCGAUUGCUCCCUGGCCACAACCCACAUACAACAGCUCCUUCGCAAGUCGUUAUUUCCGUCAACAACAAUUGACCCCAAGACUGCGGCAACGUUUCGCCUUCUCGAAGAAUUUCAUCUCUUGUUGUUUGAAUUGAAGGUGUCGGCGUACGAGUUUUAUAACGCACUGAUGCGGAGGUCUGACAAUUCGGGGCUGAGUCCCAUCAAAGAUCGAUACGACGAAUUCAGGCGCAUGAUUCGCGAAUGGCGACAUCUCAAGAUGCUCAAACGGUCUGGGCGACCUUACGAUCCCAAUGGGAUUGAUUCGACUCCCGAGGGUGGAUGCGUUAUUCUCUGUCCGGCCUGUCCGCAGCCCGGGAAAAACUUACCCGCUGACUGGAGAGAGGCUUCCCCUACUGACCGAAGUAGCUGGCUAUAUGGGCUGUUUGUGGCUAUCGACGCUAAUUUCCGGUUGAAACGCAAAGUUGUUUCAAAGGAUAGUGUAGACCCCAGCCUGAGUUGUGGCUGGGGGUACUUUGUCGAAGAACAUGUGUACAAGGCUUUCCUAGACGGUAAAUCCAACAUUAGUCAAGAGAAGUCUACAUGUUCAAGUCACAAUGUGGUCAACAGUGCGGAUACUAAGUCCAGUCAUGGGCUUGCAGCUACCGGGCUGGGUACCAUUGAUUGCGCUCGCCACAACAUGAAAUUACCGACCGCAGAGAGUUAUGCUAUAGUUCAGACUCCCGAUUAUAUUGACGUGCCACCAUCUAGAUAUGUAAAUAUGGAUUACCUCUUCUUCUCGACCCUUCGCCACACCACUGUCGAUAUCCUUAACGUCUCGUAUGAUAUAGCAUGCCAGUGGAACAAGAACUUAUGGCACCGUAUGGCCUCAUUCCCCCCCUCGAUGCAACUGGACCACAGCGCUAAGAAAGUCACCUUCUUUGUACCAAAAUUUCAUUUGCCAGCUCACAUCGAAUCAUGUCAAACAAGCUUCUCAUUCAAUUUUGCGCGCGGCGUUGGACGAACGGACGGAGAAGCUCCAGAGCGAGGAUGGGCGAACAUAAAUCCUGUGGCAUCGAGCACGAAGGAGAUGGGCCCAGGCGUGAGACGAGACACUCUCGACGAUUUCUUUGGGGACUGGAAUUGGAAAAAAAUUACCGGUCUACGUCGCACCAUGCUGCGGAAGGUGAAAGAAGCCUUACCCGAACUAUCCAAACACGAAGCAGCGCUGGACGACCUCGAAGAAGGACUGAAGGUGGAAUACGCGGAGGCAUUGAGUAGAUGGAAAGAGCAGGUUGAGGCAUGGGAGCGCGAUCCCUCCCAGCCGAACCCAUACGAACGGAGCGCAGAAAAGAUCACGCUUGCCUCUGUGCGCCUCGAACUUGCGAAAGAAGACACAUCAGAAAUUGAACUAGGCGGCUUCCACGAAUUGCAUGAAGAUUGUUCGCCCAGCGUGCUGAUUAGCGGUGGCCUAGAGCUAGAAGAGCAGCAGCGACGUCUUCGAGCUGAGAAGGCGGGUCUAGGGAUUCAUGCCACCGACAUUCAAGAAGAGAAGGUCGUUCAACAUAGUAACAGUCUCCAACGUCAGAUUGAGGCCUGGGUCAAAGUCCAGGAGCUAUACAUGCCGAUGAUCGCGGCCUUACAACUGAAAAACAAGUCCAGUGAUGUCGUCGUCACUCCCGAGUCAUUUCAACUUCUACUUCCUUCGCAAGUUGGCAGAACGGAUCCUUGCGACCUCAAAUUUCAGAAAAUUGAAUGGAGACUUCGAUUCGCACAGGCUCAUGACACUCUACGCUCGCUACGUUCUAAUCUACGCGUGCAAACCGCUAUCCUGAAAUACAAGGACCGUAAUCUCCGUGGUCAAGGCUCAAACACCCGCGCUCGUAACACGCUCAAAGGUGUUGACGCAAGAAUUGAGGCAGCAUCGACCCGAUACCAGGAUGCGCGCAGAGCGCUAGUGAUUCUUGCUCCCUUCGUCAAGGAGACGGGAUGGCAAUCCUCCCUACGUCCACUUGAUCGUCAAGAUAUCCGAGGGAUGUCGGAUGUCCUGUGGGGCGAGACUGAGGGAAGAAGAAAACUUUCAUGGAUAUGGAAUAUGCGCGGUGCUCAUGGAGACGAGCUGGAUGAUGAUGGAUCUAUGGAAGGUAAGCUUACCAAUUUGUUCAUGCACCCUAUCUCACCGGCACUCUAUCCAGACAUGCGAAUAGAAUGGUGCAAGGCCAGGGCACGCGCUAUGCGGUGGAAGGAGGAGCUCGAGCUGUUACGAGAGGAGAUGCGGAGAAUUUUGCAGUUCUUUGACUGGGAGGCGAUGUCGUGGGAUGAGCGCGCAGAUCAGAACUGGUCUGGUAGUCCCACCGAGAGAGAGGGCCGGAUUGCAUAUGCUCGACGUCAAGCAGCCUUACGUCGGGCAAUGCGGGACACGUGUCGUUCCAGUUGGGCAGACACUCGCUCGUUCGUGGACCAGUUCCAUGGGGAAUCCUAGCGCUUGCAUGCAUGAUGUAGUACCCUUCGCAUAGUUAAUGUACCCUUCACGUAGUUUUGCAAUCAAUCAAUACAGGUGUUGACCAAUGUACGGGUGAAGGGUGGGGGA